AUUUCGUCGUAGAGGAGGAUGAGGAAGAUAUGAAUGGCCCGGGAUCACGUGUUCUGUUCUCUGUUUAAUGAAUCAAUUAUGAUAUGAGUUGCCUCCCCUGUUUCCAGUCUAAGAAAAACAACGAGCCACGGCCGGCUAAGGACACGUCCGUGGCGGUUGCUCGUCCCGCAUAUCCUCCAUCCUCCCCACCACAUUUUGAAAACAACAACUACAAACCACCAUGUGAAAACCCUUAUAACAAGGCUGAUCAAGCUAGCCAUCCCGUUGAAAAUGGGGAUAGCAGCAACGCUAAAACUUUCACAUUCCGUGAGCUAGCCAGUGCAACUAAGAACUUCCGACAAGAAUGCCUAAUAGGGGAAGGUGGAUUUGGAAGAGUCUUCAAGGGAACACUUCAAGGUGGAGAGGUUGUGGCAGUAAAGCAACUAGACAGGACGGGAACACAAGGAAACAAGGAGUUUCAAGUUGAAGUCUUAAUGCUAAGUCUCCUUAACCACCAAAAUCUAGUCAAUCUCAUUGGAUACUGUGCUGAUGGAGAUCAGAGGAUUUUAGUCUAUGAAUAUAUGCCAAUGGGCUGUCUUGCUGAUCAUCUAGUUGACAUUAGGGAGGAUCAAAAGCCAUUAGAUUGGCUAAACAGAAUAAAGAUAGCCUCAGGUGCAGCUCAAGGACUUGAGUAUCUACAUGAAAAGGCCAACCCACCAAUCAUUUAUCGUGAUCUCAGAACCACCAAUAUUCUAUUAGAUCAAGAUUUCAAUCCUAGACUUUCCGACUAUGGCCUUGCCAAGCUGGCAGGUGGAGGGAAUAUCUCACAUAUAUCACCGAGGGUAAUGGGAACAUACGGUUAUUGUGCUCCAGAGUAUGAAAGAUCUGGUGAACUCUCUUUCAAGUCAGAUGUAUACAGUUUUGGAGUUGUUUUACUUGAACUUCUUACAGGACGCCGUGCAGUGGAUACCACAAGGCCCCCAGAGGAGCAAAACUUAGUUGCUUGGGCACAACCGAUUUUCAGUAAUCCGAAAAGGUUCAGAGAAAUGGCAGAUCCAGUUCUGAAGAACAAGUUUCCAGAGAGAAGUUUGAAUCAGGCAGUUGGGGUUGCAGCCAUGUGUCUUCAAGAAGAGCCAUCAGUCCGUCCAUUGAUCAGUGAUGUCGUUGCUGCUCUUACUACCCUCAAUGUUGAUGAACCAAUUCCUGAAUCUCCUUCGUCUCCUGAGAAAGACAUUUCAGGUGCAGACAAUUCAGAUGAAUACAAGCAAACGAGUUCAGAUAAUGAGGCCUUACCAAAAAGGAAUGAGGAUCAGAGCAGUGAGAAUGAUCAACAAAAAGAUCAAGGUUAUCGAAGUGUUGGCAUUAAUCAUCACCCUGAAAAUGUUCUUGAUAGUGAAGAUGAUGAUGAUAGAGCAAGUUCUGAUUAUGGGUAUGGAAGUACAUCAGGAUCUUCAGAGUAUGAGAAAGAAGACAGAACGCUUGAACUUGGAGGAGGGCUGACAACAAAAUCUGGAAAAUUGGGUUCCGAAUCAAGACGCAAAAGUAAGUUAAAGUCAUCCUCUCGAACAAUCAGCUCAAGCUCAAGACGCAAAAGCAAGGUAAAACGUAACAGUUCAAACUCCACAAAAGACGAUUCUGAAAAGAAUGAGACAUUCAAUUUAAAGGACAAGAGCAAUCAUCAGCAACAAAGCAGCGUAAAGUCCAAAGAUGUAAGUUUUGGUGCAUAUUCAAGUCAGAGCAGCGAUGAUGCGGAAUCAGAAGGUGAAAGGGAUGGACUAUGUCACACAAGACAUGUGCAAUUAGCUCAUGAAAUUAUACCUCAGAAAUUAAAAUCUUGAUAUUCUUUUAUCAUCAAGGUACAUGGACACUUUUCUUCAUCUGAGGUUUAUAAAUAAGAGUACACUAUCACAAAGUGAGGUUCUUUCAAAUUAUAACUAUG